CCUAAACCUUCGCGGCCACCGUAGUAUCUAGGAAACACCUCUAAACACUGCCUUUGACUUUUGUGGUAAUUUAGCAAGAACCUGUCAAUCUUUGUCUAUGGCUGGGAGGGGUGUACUGCUGCUUCUCUCUCCACAAUAACACACGCAAAACGAGCGUGCCUACAAUUGAUCUGACGUCGAGUCCCUGUCAAGCAGUCGGAGAUUCUCGUCUUUCCUCGGGCCUGUCGUGUUAUGAAGAAGGAUGAAGCUGCGUCUGCACUUUGUGGUGGACCCCAUGGGCUGGUUCUGCAUCAGCACGGUGCUGUUCAUCUGGUUCUACAACACCGUCCUCAUCCCCAAACUGGUGCUGCUUCCACACUAUGCUGAAGGACAUAUACCUGGAGCAGUAGUUGUCUGUUACUACCUAGCAUCACUCUUAUGUGCGACUGCAUUGUUAAGGGCAUCCACCGCAGAUCCAGGACGACUCGAUCAAAACCCCAAAAUCCCCUUAACAGAACGUGAACAAUGGGAGUUGUGCAAUAAAUGCAACCUUAUGAGGCCAAAGAGGUCACACCACUGCAGCCGCUGUGGACACUGCGUUCGCCGCAUGGACCACCAUUGUCCUUGGAUUAAUAACUGUGUUGGGGAAGAUAACCACUGGCUCUUUCUACAGCUGUGUUUCUACACUCAGGUCCUGAGUCUCUACACACUCGUAUUGGACUUCUGCCAGUACUACUACUUCCAGCCUUUAGUCUCAGUGGACAAGGAGUUAUUUAUGGUGCGUCAUGAGCUGGCGCUCUUGCGUGUGUCCUGCUUCAUGGGAUUGAUUAUGUUCGGAGGAAUGAGCAGUCUAUUCUAUUCACAGAUCACAGGAAUCCUUUCUGACACAACCACUAUAGAGAAAAUGUCUCACUCCUCAGAACAGAUCGGCGCUCAUCGGUCAUGGCAGCAGUCGUUGGCUGAGGUGUUUGGCACGCACUGGAAGCUCCUGUGGUUCCUGCCGUUCCGAAGCAGACGGCCACUAUACCCGCAUUCCUCCUCCCACUUUCAUGUGUAGCAAAGCAGAGGCUGGGGUUGAGGACGUGAGCCUUUCUACUUUACACUCCUACUCUUCUCCACUCUGUCGCUUCACUGUGGCCUAACACUUCCCAGGUACCAAAACUGCAGUCGUCUUCAGGUUUUGCUCUGUUAAUGAACUUGACCACAUGUGGACGUGAUUCCACUUUAUUCCACGGCCAAGCUCUUGUCACAUGGUAUUAUUAGAGUACACUUUUUAUUUUGGUAGUGUGGAGUGUUUUUUUUUUUUUUUCUUUGUCUGUUUUUUGUAUGGCAUGCGAAUGUGUGAUUUUACAAUGUUAGGGAACAUCAGGGUACGACCGAAUUAAAAGGGUUUGUUGUUUCCAGGGAAACACUCCGUGACUCAUUGAUUGGCAGGGUGCAGCUUAGUCUGAGAGGUUUUUAUCUCUGGCUUAUUGGGGUGGGUGGCUGAUGGCUCUAGAGGUGAGCCAUGACCUCUGGCAAGAGCUGAAGACAACCUCAACACUAACUCUGCUCACAAACACUUAGCCAUGCAUUAUGUACCACAUCACUGAAUCCUCAACUUGAAUACUGAUCAGGUGGCAGCACAAAGAUGCGUUCCGUUCUGUCACAGGUUUGCCUCGUACUUAUUUUAUCACAUGAUUUGUGCCUUUUGGAAUAUGUCAGAGAAUUUAUGUCAUUUGUAUAUAUAUUUUGCCAAAUGAUAUAAAAUCGUACAUGGUGUGUAUGGGAAAGAGUUAUCCUAAUCAUUUUUAAAGAAUGUUACGCUUUUAUUAUUUGUGUUUUUUGUUCAUUUUAUUUUAUUUUUUAUUUUUAUUUUUAUUUUUUUCAUAUAAAGCCUGUGACCAAAACUGACCAAGGUUUGAACAAAUGCACCAUUGCUUUGUAGUAACACUACUAUAUAAAUCUAUAUUACAGAUAUAUACACACUCCACAUGUACAGCUUUAAGAAGGGAACGUUUGUACUAGAAAGUAUAUAUAUAUAUUUUUGCUUUUAUUUGUUUUGUGAAUUGUCUUAUGUGAAGUGCCUCCUUAUGUCUGCUUGUUUUCAUUCCAUUGUGCCAAGAUGCUCCUGGUACAGAAAAACGGCCAACUGCAUACUUUGAUGAAAAUCGAUGCAAUCAGCUCCACAUUUAUUGACCAUUCCCUCAAGAUAAUGGGCAAACAAUAUUGUAUAGAAUAAACGUUAUGCACAAAUUAAGUAAAAUGAAAGUACUUGCUUUUCCUCUAAGGUCAAAAAAAUAUCCACAUUAAUUACGCAUUGUAAAAUUUAUUCACGUUAAUAGUCUACUUUGGUCAUUUCUCAUUUUUCCAGAGAAUAAAAGGUUUGGGGAAAUCUAAGAACAUUUAACAUAAGCGACAAAAAAAUUAAGGUUAGGAUUAGUUAGUUAGUUAGUCAGGAGGAAUGUUCAGCAUCCCUCUACGUGUCUCCGUUCUAGCCGGAGAUUUCACCAAAUAAUAAUUGUCAGGAGUGAUCUUAAUUUAUAUAAGGGUCCCAAUAAUUAUGGAGCUGAUGGUAAUGAAAUUUGAUUGUAAACUCUGUGAUUUUGUUAGUUUCUCUACAAAUGAAAAGGUCAACGCAAAUGGUCUAAUUGGAAGCUCUCCAUCGUAGGAUGAUGUUCUCACUUUUAAAUGGUACCGUUGCCUUAUGUCUAAAUAAAUGUCUUAAUUUAUUUUGAAUAUGGUCUAAAAGUUGAAAGCACAGUUUGUGGUCAGCACUGAACUGAGCACACAAACUUGUACAUGCUUACAGCCAUGCUCAUGUUUGGAAUAGAUCAACAACAUGGGUAUCACUGCAAAGAGCUUCAGAUAAGUAUAAAGCCCUGUUCACACAUACGGUGAUGAUGUCCGUAUGGAGAGAUCAUUUCUGUACGAAAGUAUACGUGUCAUAUACGAGAUGAAAGAGAAGCAGUGUGUGAUCAUCUCCACUGAUCACGUCCUCUCUGUUGUCUUCACUCCCAUCGGUAUUCAAUGCACCAAGUAUUUGCAUAAAGUUCUCAUCUCAGAAAACUCAUAAAGUUCACCAUUUCUCAAUUUCAUUAAUGGACACAUUUACAUCUAGUCACCAGCGAUCGCGUGCUGCCGGACAUCUGCAGCUGUCAUUGAAAAUAAAUGAUCACCAUGCCAUUCA